AUGGAAAGAGUGGCUUCAGUACAAAAAGCUUACUUUUUAAAGAUUUUUAUUAAUUCAUAUUUGAGUCGCUCUCAAAAAAUUUUGGAUUCAUGUACAGAAAAGAAGAAACUUCAAUUGUCGAAAUAUGAUAAAAAAGUUAAAACUACACGUGUGGAUGAAAAGAUGGGGCGACGGUCAGAAGAAUAUUUAAGACAUGAAAGGUCAAGAAGUCGAGAAAUACGUAAACGUCGACGCUCAAGAAGUAGGGAAUCGAAAACGAGGCGACAGUCUAGGACUUAUGAAGCUCGUCCACAUCACCGAUCAGAAAGUCGUGGAAGACACAAACGUUACAGGUCUAGAAGUCAAGAAGCACGGAGAUAUCGUUCGUCACGACGUUGA